AUGUUCAAAACCAAGUCCCAGCGGAUCAAAGAGAAGCAGAAGCAGAAGCAACGACCAUAUUCAAUCCCAUCUGGAGUGGGCUACAGUAGCACACAAAACUCGUCUUCGUCAACCUUGCCAGUUCAGUAUCCAACAUCUCCGGAUAAGUCGAUGAACUCAUCGUCAUCCCUGCCCAUGGGGUCCAAGAACGACGACAGCGUUCCACUGCAGCCUGUUGUGACGGGUUCAUCAGAGACUACACCUCCUACUCCUGCCCAGCCAGCUCGAGCCAGUCUUCCCAAUUCCAAGUCUGUGGCUAAAUCGGCAACCGUCACUGAUGCCCCUCCUGAUCCCCCAGGCCCCAUCUCCGCUCAACCCGCGGUCGUUGCUUCUACGCCUUCUCAAUCGGGCUCUGCUGUCCCUAUCAGAUCCAAGCCUGCACCUAUUGACCCGGCAAAGAAGGGUGAUACCGGGCCUAAUGCUAACCUUUCUUCUCUCGUUGAUAGCAUUCCCUCUGAGGCUCGCCCCGUCGGUGGCCGCCGCGGUAAAUCUGACGACGAGAUGAACGGUGCUACUCGAGGCGGCGAACUGGUUGCCGGUAAUACCGGCGGUAUCACCACUGCCGGUAUGCAGCUCCCGGGCAAGCUUCUGAAUGAGGACGAGAAGAGUGCCUUGAAAAUCAAAGUUCACCUCAAUCUUCAUGCCAAAGUCCGUCUGGACUUGGAUGCACAGAUUUACGGAGAUGUGGUGAUUGGCCUGAUGUAA